AUGUCCACACCAGCCCCCAGCAUCCCCAGCAUCCCCAGCAUCCCCAGCCUCCCUAGCAUCCCCAGAACCCCCAGAACCCCCAGCACCCCUAGUACCCCCAGCAUCCCCAGCACCCCCAGCAUCCCCAGCACCCCCAGAACCGCCAGCCCCCCAGCAUCCCCAGCACCCCCAGAACCGCCAGCACCCCCAGCAUCCCCAGAACCCCCAGCCCCCCAGCAUCCCCAGAACCCCCAGCCCCCCAGCAUCCCCAGCCCCCCCAGCAUCCCCAGCACCCCCAGAACCGCCAGCCCCCCCAGCAUCCCCAGCCCCCCCAGCACCCCUAGUACCCCCAGCAUCCCCAGCACCCCCAGAACCGCCAGCCCCCCCAGCAUCCCCAGCCCCCCCAGCACCCCUAGUACCCCCAGCAUCCCCAGCAUCCCCAGCCUCCCCAGCAUCCCCAGAACCCCCAGCCCCCCCAGCAUCCCCAGCACCCCCAGAACCGCCAGCCCCCCCAGCAUCCCCAGCCCCCCCAGCACCCCUACCCCCCCAGCCCCCAGCAUCCCCAGCAUCCCCAGCACCCCUAGUACCCCCAGCAUCCCCAGCAUCCUCAGCACCCCCAGAACCCCCAGCACCCCCAGCAUCCCCAGCACCCCCAGCAGCCCCAGAACCCCCAGCAUCCCAAGAACCCCCAGCACCCCCAGCCCCCCUAGCAUCCACAGCACCCCCAGAACCCCUGGAACCCCCAGCAUCCCCAGCCCCCCCAGCAUCCCCAGCACCCCCAGUGAAAUAGAUCGAUGUUUGAAAAAAGUAGCUGAAGGGGUGGAACAGUUUGAGGACAUCUGGCAGAAGCUUCACAAUGCAGCCAACGCCAACCAGAAGGAGAAGUAUGAAGCAGACCUCAAGAAGGAGAUUAAAAAACUUCAGCGUCUUCGAGACCAGAUCAAGACGUGGGUGGCAUCCAGCGAGAUCAAAGACAAACGGCAGCUAGUGGACAACCGCAAACUAAUAGAAACGCAAAUGGAGAGGUUUAAGAUAGUGGAAAGAGAGACCAAGACGAAAGCGUACUCUAAAGAGGGGCUAGGCCUGGCGCAGAAGGUGGACCCCGCCCAGAGGGAGAAGGAGGAGGUGGGCACGUGGCUAACGAAUACGAUAGACACGUUGAACAUGCAGGUGGACCAAUUUGAGAGUGAGGUGGAGUCUCUCUCUGUCCAGACGCGGAAAAAGAAAGGUGACAAGGAGAAGCAGGACCGCAUCGAGGAGCUGAAGCGCUUCAUCGAGAAGCAUCGGUACCACAUCCGGAUGCUGGAAACAAUACUGAGGAUGCUGGACAAUGACUCAGUGCAGGUGGAGGCCAUCAGGAAGAUCAAGGAUGACGUGGAGUACUACUUGGACUCGUCGCAAGAUCCAGACUUCGAAGAGAACGAGUUUCUUUACGACGACCUUGACAUGGAGGACAUCUCCCAGUCUCUGGUUGCUACCUCCCCACCCGGACACUCUCACUUGGAGGACGAGAUCUUCCAUCACUCCAGCAGCACACCCACCUCCACCACCUCCUCCUCGCCCAUCCCUCCCUCGCCCGCCACUUGCACUACGGAGAACUCGGAAGACGAUAAGAAGAGGGGACGUUCGACAGACAGUGAAGUUAGUCAGUCACCUGUGAAGAAUGGCAACCCCUCGUCGUUAUCCUCCUCCUCCUCCUCUUCCUCCUCUUCUUCCUCCGCUUCAGGGCCAUCCUCAUCCUCACUGGUCUCUAUGGCAAUUAUAGGCGGCAGCAGCGGUGCCGGGGGCAACAGUCUCCUCAGCAACAUGGGGGGUCUCCUCUCCAACACCUCAGCUGGCAGCUACAGCAACGCCAUGCAGCAACCGCCGCAUCCCUCAGCACAGCAACAACAGGCCAAAAACUCAGUUAGCACCUCAUCCUCCACUCCCUCCAACACCAACCCCAGCCCCUCAAACAACAGCCUUGUCUCCAGCUCCUCCUCUCCCCCCAACGCCAGCACACCAGGCCCCCUCACUUCAAUUUCCCAGAUGCCAUCGGGGCCCAUGCAGGCCUCCCACAGCCUGAGCCUGGGAUUGGGCCUUUCGCUGGGGAAAAGCUCCAUCACCACCAGCCAGAUUUCGGGCAGUCUAGGCCUGUCGGGGAUGCCGGCGUCCCUCAGUACCAUGGCGGGCCUCCUGUCUGGCUCCACACCAGCGCCAUAUGCCCAGGCAGCCGCGGCUGGAGCUGUGGGCUCAGGGCUGCCGGGCUCGCUUGGCGGGGUCAGCUCUAUGACGUCAAACAGCAUCUGUGUCGGGAGUAGCACAGUUGGUGUUCCAACAUCUUCACCGGGUGGCCUACUGGGCUCACUGCCUGGGGGAAACGGCUCUGGAAUGCUGGGUCUGGGGUCCAGUCAGUCGGGGGUGCAGGGGUCCCUGGUGGCCCCCAACCCAGUAGGAGGUAUCGGGCUGGGGAGUGGAGUCGGGGUCAUAGGCAGCAAUGGAGGCAGCUCAGGAGCAGCAGCAGCAGCGGGGAGCGGAUUGGUGGGAGUCGGGGGAGGAAACUCAUCGCUCUUGACUAGACCGCCAAGUCGACAGAAGCAGAAUGGUAGCACUAGUUACAGUGCUGUGGUAGCAGACAGCACGUCAGACUCCGCCCUCAACAGUGCCAGCCAAUCACAAAGCAGCCAACCCUCAUCUUUGACGUCCACAGCCAAUCAGCUUAAGGACACGGGUCCCAGCUUGCUGGGACCCAUCAGCUUGUCCUCCAGUUCUCCCCCUCCGGCCUCGUACAGCGAGGGCAGGACGACGGGCAGCAGCAGCCUGCUAAAUGGACCACUGUCCUACUCACAGCCAUCUGACAGCAUCAAGCCCCAGGAGCCUCUGAGCAGUCUGAAGUCUAUGGCCGAGCGAGCAGCACUCAGCUCAGGGAUGGAGGGAGAGAUGCCCUCCCUGCACCUCGCCACAGAUAUCUUCCCCAGCAGCACUACGGCCCCCUCGGGGCCCCCCUCGGUCCCCCAACCCUCGCUGUCCGAGGUCAGCAUCCCCCCAUCGCUCGGGGUCUGCCCUCUGGGGCCUGUCCCCCUCUCCAAAGAUCAGCUCAUCCUACAGGCCAUGCAGGAGUCGGUGUGGACCCGCAUGCCCCACCCUUCCGACUCCGAGAGGAUCAGGCAGUACCUGAUGAGGAAUCCAUGUCCCACCCUGCCUUUCCACCACCAGGUGCCACCACCCCACUCUGACUCUGUGGAGUUUUACCAGAGGCUCUCCACAGAGACCCUCUUCUUCAUCUUCUACUACCUAGAGGGUACCAAGGCCCAGUAUCUGGCAGCCAAGGCCCUGAAGAAGCAGUCGUGGAGAUUCCACACAAAGUACAUGAUGUGGUUCCAGAGGCAUGAGGAACCCAAAACCAUCACCGAUGAGUUUGAGCAGGGAACGUACAUUUACUUUGACUAUGAGAAAUGGGGCCAGCGGAAGAAGGAAGGAUUCACGUUUGAGUACAGGUACCUGGAAGACCGGGACCUCCAGUGACUGCGGACAGGAACACAGACAAACACACCCACACUCGCAUACACACAGAUGGACUGACGGACAGACAGACGGAUAGCUUGAUGGAUGGAGGGAUGGGUGGAUGGCAGAGAAAGCGAGAGAGGGACAGACGAAUGGAUAAGACGGACACAACAAAGAUUUAAAAGCGAAGGUUGGACUAGCUGUUGACAUUCCUGGAUUUGACCUCAAUCUUUCAGGGAUGGGAGAGCGACACCCAGCAGGGGUGUGGUUGGGGGGUGGGGGUCCGGGCUUUGAAGACUUGAAUUUGUGGCAAGGCGUCAUCCCAUGUUUGAAACUCUUCCCUCUUGCCCCCCCCCCCCCACUGCCCCUCACACACACACCAACAUUGGUUGGUUCCCUCUCCUCUGUCAUCACCCUUUCCUUCCCCUCUUCCUCCUCACCCUCCCAUCCAUCCAUCACCAAGCCAUUUAUUUCCAUUUAGACUCGGAUCUGUUUUUAUUCUCUUUUCUGAACUGGAACUCUGUUUUAAAAACGACAACAAGAAAAAGACACGUUGGUGUUUGUUUUGGCAAAUAAGAUAACAUUUCAAAAAUUAAAAAAAACACACACACAAUCAGGACGAUCAUCUGCUCCUCCUUUAUCUCAUCAUGUUUGCUCCAAAAAAGAAAAAUCACUUAUCCAAUUGCCAACAUUUUGCCCCCGAGAACCAAAGAUGAUUGGUUGUCCCGCCGCAUCUCUCCUGCCCCCCUUUUUAAACUGGCAGUGUGGCGGUCCAAUGGGUGACGACGGCGUUUGAAUUCCUGCACCAGCCUGCGCCGACAUCGC